ACCCAUUCUUUUGUGUUGUGUGACUAACUAAAGAAGAAAAAAAGGGAAGGAUAAGGCAGAAACUUGAAGAGGAGAAGAAUGGGUAGUAGCCAAAACGCAGGGAAAAGGAAGAAAAAAAAGAUUUUCCGCCACACUGUGCAGCAGCCUCGUUUUCAGUCCAGAUCGAAGGCCAAACGAAGUCUGAUCGUGCUCAAAUUUUAGUAUGUUGUUCCUCACAUACUCCUCUUCAAAUCCAAUGCUUCGUUUCUCGUUUUGAUGCCCGGAAGAUGGUUUUCUUGCUGCGUUUUCAGACUUGGGUUUUUGGGAGUUUUUUACUCUAUUUUAUGGUGAAUUGUUGAUUGUUGUUGUUCCAAGGUUGCUCCUUGAUGAUUGUGUAUGCCUCUAGUGUUUACUAGAGAGGAGAACUUGUUGUACCCACUUGGUUCUUGGUGAUUAGUGGAAGUUUGGGUGCUGUUGUUGAGCGGCCGUGGUUUUCUCCCCGAUUUGCGGUUUCCACGUAAAUCAUGUGUUCUUUAUUUUUAUUUCUGUUUCUAUUUAUGUGGUGGUGCUGCUGUUUUUUCGAGUAUAUUGUGCUUUGUUGUUCAUCUCAUUAAUUUGGGAAAAGAUUUUAUACGCUUCCGUUGUGUUUUGUUCCGUGCUUCCCCAACAAAGUGGUAUCGGAGUUUGAUUAUUUUUGGUUGGCUUCUUGUGCUGUUUAUGAUGGAUGACAAAGUAAUUGUUCAAGGAAUGGUGUUGAUGAGAAAGCUUGGACUACCUUGAACCGGAAAGCUAUUGCAUCAAUAGACAAUAUGUUUCUUUAAGCGUGUUGUAACAUGUUGCUAAUGAAACUAAUGCUUUUGAGAUGUGGAAGAAACUUGAAUCCAUAUACGAGAGGAACAAUGCUAUGGGAAAAGCUUCUUUGAUUAGGAAGCUUGUUAAAUUGCAAUACAAAGAUGGUGAUAGCACUGUGGUUCACAUGAAUGAGUUUCAAGGUGUGGUAAACCAACUAGCCAGAAUGAAGAUGAAAUUGGAGGAUGAACUUCAAGCUUUGUUGUUGGUUUCCUCAUUGCCCAACAAUUGGGAUACAUUCGUGGUUUCACUUAGCAACUCUACUCCGGAUGGCAAGAUGACUAUGGAAAUGGUCAAGGCUAGUCUUUUGAAUGAAGAGGCUAGGAGGAAAGAAUAAGGUUACCCUAGCCAAGCCGAAGCAAAUGUGAUUCCAGAAUCUUGGAGGGGGAGAAGCAAGAGCAGAAAUCCUCAUUACAGAGACAAGUUUAGGAGGAGAUCCAAAUCCAGAAAGAGAGAUUUCAUUUGCCAUUAUUGUAGAAGCCGUGUCACAUUUGUUAGACGCCUCACACACCUCUAGAGGGGGGGUGAAUAGAGGUGUUGCCCAAAAGACCAGGUUUUUUUGCGCGGAAAUGUUCUUCACGAAUAUUCAAUAAAAACAAUGCACCACAAACAAAAUAAAUUGAAGGAUAAGAG